GUAUGAUGUCCUUCAAUUUUCUCGAAUGUUCUCUUGAAAUUGAAUGGACAGCUUCACUGUUCACAUUGGUGGUGGUGGUUGAGAUCCGCAGUGCUGGCCUUUAAUAUCACAUUCUUCGCAUUUGUAUCACGGGAGGCGCCUUGAAAUCAGCAGCAACAAUGGCUAAAAUGGGGGAAGGAGAUAAGCGAUGGAUUGUCAGCGAGCGACAGGAUGGGAGAAAUGUGAACAACUAUCAUUGGACGGAGAAGGACUGCCUGCCGUGGUCGCAGCGGCGGCUGGGCGAGCUGCUGAGCGGCAUUCAGAUGCUGCAGGGGGAGGGCGGCUGCUGGGCCAAGACCACCACCCUCGACUCCUGUAAAGGGGAUGCGUACAUCAACAUCCGGAAGGGCAAGAUGAUCCCUGGCUACGAGCUGACCGUCAAGCUGGCCUGGGAGGGUGAAGUGCGCGAUGGGGAGGGCGCCGCGGUGGCGCGUGCGCGCGGGGCCAUUGUCAUCCCGUAUCUGGCGGACGAGAACGCGGAUGAGGACCCCGAGAUCAAAGUCAGUGUGGCGGAGGGGGCGGGGCCAGCGGGGACGCGGCUGCGCGACGCCGUGGUCAGCAAGGGGCGGCCGCUCAUUGCUGAGGCGCUGAGAAUGUUUGUGAAGGAGUUCGCAGCAGGGGGAGCAGCCAAGGAUGAGGUGAAAGGGACCGUGCCAGCUGCAACGUCAGCCAAGCCAUCGGCGUCAAGUGCUGGAGUCUCCAACAGCGGGGCUAGCAGCAAGGGGGAGGCCGAAAAAGGGUCAGAGCAGAAGGGCGGCAAGGCGGGGACCAAGAGCAUCAAGAUGACGCAAAAGUUCUAUUGCCGGGCGCGCGACGUGUUCGAGGCACUGCUGGACGAGCGGCGUGUGAAGGCUUUCACACAGAGUAAUGCCAGCAUCGCAGCGGAAAAGGGUCGCGCGUUUUCGCUCUUUGACGGGGCAGUGACGGGCGUGGUCCAAGACGUGGUGCCGUAUGAGCUGAUCAUCCAAAAGUGGCGCUUCAGUAACUGGCCCGACGGCGUCUACUCCACGGUGUGCCUCACGCUGGAGGAGCCGGAGGAGGGCACCACCCUCGUGAAGCUGAGCCAAACGGACAUCCCGGACGAGGACAGGUACGGCAACGGCGGGAUCGUGGAAACUGCGGAGCACGGGUGGCGGGAGCUCAUCUUCCAAAAGAUCCGUGUGGUAUUCGGCUACGGCGCUUGACAAAAGGGCCUGAUCGAUCAGAUUCCGUACCUGCCAGAACUUUUCUCGUAACCUGCCCUCAGAACAGUGGGCAUUGUUUGCACCAAACAGACCUUGCAAAUAUUGUCAGGGAUGUGAGGCUAUUCGUGUUAUGAAGAGCACGUGCCUGAUCUAGCUGGAUGAUUGGAAGAGAUUGUUUGACAUACAAUCUGUGACUUAUGGAUCACGCUGGAAUGGGUCUUGAAUUAUGCAAAUUGAUUCUCGAAGUGAGAUCGACAGUACUUUCAAC